CUGACAUGGAGUGGGCACUGGGGGCAGUCACAACCAGAGAGGGGGCAAACUGGGCGUGAUGGUGAACCUCUUGCUGUUGUUUGAACACGAAAAAAAACAAAGCAGGCUGCAAGGAGGGUGUUUCCAACAGCCAGUCUGUGCCCAGAAGGGCUCUGGGAAGGGUGAGGAGCACCCUGGCAGGUCUUUGAAGCUGUGUGUUUCCCUGCAGUGAGAUGAUUAUAACUUAUUGCAUGCAUGAAGAGGCCCGGAAAGCACCGAGUGCUCUCCCAGGGUCUUCCCCAAAGGUCUCCCAAACACAGCUCUCAACAGCCAGACAUCAGCUACAACAUGGUCACUCCAACUCCCAGCCAGAGAACAAAGCUGAAACCAAAGGUGUGAAAAAUACACAGGUGUGCUGUGACAGAGCAGUGACAAUGUUAUCAAAUGAGUUUUGCCCCUAACAAAUAGCCCCAAAGAUGACAACAGACAUGGCAAAAGUCACUAACAGACUGGCAGCAGUGUGGGAAGGGAGCACAGAUUCUGCCCUUUGUUCACUGCCACAUAAACAGCAGCCUCCAGGACUCACUAAAGCCUUUCUCCUCCUUGCAGAAAGCACCCUGAGAUCAGCCAAGACAGGAUCUGCUCCACCUCGACCUUCUCAGCAGUCUAUUACCCCAUCCUUAGCCACCGCGCUUCUAUCUACACAGGAAGCCCUAGCAGCUCUGGGAUUGGGCAGCUCGCCAUGCAAUCCUCAUUACCCUGUCUGUAAUUAAGUGAUCUCUCCACCACCAUUUUCAGCCACCUCCCUGGUGCUAGGCAGUGCUGCAGAGGGCAGACCGUGCGUGUCUGUCUGCUAUGCACAUCCGCCACUACUCCCUCCCCUCCCUACACUCCAGCUCGCAUCCAGAGGACGAGUGUCUCAGCACACAUGUUCACAUGUAAUUGCCAAGUCCCUGCUUAUGGGAGGUCUCACAGCCAGACAGCACACGUAGAGAAGUGACCCCACACUGUCCUGAGGAUGCUGGCACCUCACUCCCCCUGCUGGGCUCGAGAUCUCACAGAUCCUUUUCCAGCAGAUUAAUUUGAAUGGGCACAGUGUUAAAAGGUGAGCCAGAGACUGCAGGUGUUGGGACAGGACACUGGGGACAGAACGGUCUGACACGACUACAGGUGAAGAACACAGGAGGGAAGAUGAGAGAGGAAGGAGGCAGCUGGCUCCUUAAGCAAGGUGCAACACUGAGACUCAGGAGCCUUAAAAUAAACUCCAGGCUCUGCUAUGGACUCUCUAGGUGACCUUGCCAAAUGACGUAAUAGCAAGUGCCUUUAAGCGCUUUUCUUCUUCCCAUCUGUAGGAUAAUAAGACCACUUCAGCCCUUCUACCCAGACUUGCUUUGCUUGUUUAUUUAAGUGGUGAGCUCUUCAGGGUGGGGACUGCACAUACAACACUUACCAGAAUAGAUUUCUGACCCCAGCGGGGACCUUUUAGGCAUUAUGAUAAUAAUAACAACUGCAGUAACCACAGCUGUAUUUAUACACAUCUGGUAGAGACUGCUCCAGGACUGCAGGCAGGGAGGUUAUUGUCUGAGAGGCGUGACAGAGCUGCGAGUUGCAUUCCCAGGGGAACCUACUCCUCUCACAGAGCAGGGCAGGAGUGGCCAGGAGCCGUACUGAGAACACAGCACCGUGCAGAUCUCUCCCGGAACGAGGAAUAAGUCACGCAGCGGGUAAUUAGCAUCACUCCAGCAGUGAUGGAACAGCAAAAGCAGCUUGAUAAUUGACUGUGUUUUAAAAAGGUAAAGAGAAAAAUCUUUGUUGCUUCUGUUUGUAACGUGGAAAACUGGAUUCUGAAUGCUGAACCUCUUCUACACAGCCUACAGAAGUGUGAGCUGCUGUGGAAAUGCCAAGUCACAGCUUGAGCCAGUGACUGAGCACCUGGUGGGAAGGCAGAGCCAACCCAGGGGAGAUCAGGUGUCUGCAAUGUACCUGAGUGAUUGGAAGGGGGGCAGCCAGGAUCCACCCCUUCCCAGACCUCAUUUAAGGGCUGGCAGUGGAAGUAAGGGGAUCUUGCUGGAGAUCCCUGUGUACCUGAGGCUUUUUGAAGGGUCUCAAAUGUGAAAUGACCUCACCUAAACCAUGAAGCUUGCUAUAAAAUUACAGCAAAGAGCUGCAGCAUCCAGAGCUGUUUCACCCAAUAUCCUCCACGCUGGCAAAGGUUACUUCAAAACAGGGGAAGAACUGAAUACAGAACUGUGCCCAGUGUGUAACUCUGACUCUCUACAGUCCUUCAGACUGCCAGUCUGGAUGCAUCCUGCGUGACAUGAUGCAUGGGAAUAUAUAAGAGAUGGAAGUGGUAGGUAAGGAAACCGAAGAGAAGGCUGCGUAAAUGAGAAGUAAACCUUUAAAUUUCAGCUCCCCUUCUACUGAGAAAGAGGAACUUCAACUUGGAGCUUGCGAGAGGAUGAUUACAAAACCCUGAAGGCUUGAACAGAAAUCCCCCUGAACUUACCAACCAUUACAAAGAGAUCUAUCUUGCAAAUUCAAAUUGAGAGAGAAACAAAAAGCUAUAACUGCUCUGGGAAAGGCUGUGAAGAGCAGGGAUCCUAGCAGCUCAAAACUCAGCAGAGAGAUUUUAAGAAGGUGUAUUUAAAAACAUUAAGGCUGAAGGGUGGUUCCUGGCCAUCUCUAGUCAUGCUGCUGGUAAAGCAAAUAACCAGGAAGGGGCACUGUCUUUUGAGCAGCAGACAAGCAUUCAGAAGAGGCUGCAUGCUCAGCUCGGAGCCCUGGGAGCUCAGUAUUUCACAUCAGAUGAUGCCUAGUAGCGUGAUAAUGCUGGCAGGAGCUGCUGCAUCUCCUGGAAGAUGAGCUUUGUUUAGGCGGUUGGUACAUGGUGUUCCUGCAAUGGGCACUCUGCAUCCAGCCCGUGUCUGCAGCUACUGAAUUUGCUAACGCAGCAAAGAUUUAAUCUAAAGUAGGGCAGAACUUUCUGACUUCAAUCCCCAUCUGACUGCAACCUUAAACCACUCAGACAGUUCAAUCACCCGCCUGGGCUGGGGCAGUCAGAUACAGCCACUGCCUGUCAAAGCCCUUUUCUCAGCUGCUAUCUCAGUGUCAGGAAGACAAAGAAAGAUCAUGUCCUUUCCAGCACUCAGGAUCUUGGGGAAAAGCAAGGAAAUGGCUGCAAAAGAGCAAGCAGAGCACAAACAGGGGAGACCUCUGGUCCCACGCUGAUGCCCUUCUCUGCUGCUAGAGAAGCUGGGGAGAAAAAAAAGUGCAAAAAAUGAGAUACCUCAGGUCCAUGACUUCCCAGAGAAGUUUCAUGGAGCUCUGUUCUUGAGGCCAGGGAAGAGAUUUGUCAGGAGCCAUACGGCAUCACGUGGCAGAGGGUCAGGCUCUAAAAGCUAAGAGAGGUUUCCAGCUUAAGAGUUCUCUUAUCCCUUUUUUUUUUUUUUUUUUUUUUUUUCCCUGGGAGCAGCUCCCAGGUAGUUUUGCUGAAGAGCAAGUCUGAAAGUCAGCUCACCACUCAACAGAUACCCCAGCAGUCACAGCCUUCUUCCUUGUGUGUUGUGCAAGUGGAUGGGACAACUGAAACUGCAGAUGUAACUGCCGUGAUCUCUAACUACAGUGGGAAGUUCUGUCCUUCUGAAAGUGCCUGGCUUCAACUUAUCUGCAGGGAGGUUUUCUAGUGAAUUAGAGAUCAAUGCAGCACUGAACAAGCUGACCUGUGUGCAUGUAGUACAAAACAAAGUAUAUGAACAUGAGCUCUGCAGCUUUAGCAUUCACUGACUCCCACCACACCCAGAGGAUGCUGGCAGUGAUGAGAUUGCUGUUGGAGAGAUGGUAGCAGACAUCCUCAGUCAUCCCACACUAGUGUUGGAUGUGCCGGAUGGGGAUGUGCAGCCUGGCCAUUGCUGUGAAAGCUUUUUCUGAUGUGAGAAUUUGCAGAGGAGGAAAAACGAGUUUGCAUUUCUCAGCAGCUGAAGUAGAGCCCAAACAGAACUGACCAAAAAAUAACAGAGGAAAACGCAAAAGAAUAGCUUCCCAGUCUCACACUAAGCAAGAACAGUGGUCUGCAUGACUAACCAGGUUGCUCCCUGGUGUUUUACCCUCCUAACCAGACGAACCACCUCUGUGGUGCCCAGCAUCGUUCCCAGCAGCCAGAUCCCCUUAAAGCUGUGCCAGGCAGUCCAACAAAAGGCUCAGCAGGAUGCCACUGCCAGGAGCUGUUCAGCACUGUCUGGGAACAGGAGGGCUGGGGUCUGAGUGCCAAGUCAACAGCCCUAGCAUGGAGCUGGAGCUGCUGCUGUAUUUCCUGACCUCGUGGAUUUUCUCCCAUAGAGAGAGGGCUCCUGGCUCCCAUUCAAAGCUGUCUAGGAAAGCUGAGUGCUUCCGCCUGGCAGCACAGCUGCUCCCAGCCCAGUAGCCCAUGAGUCCUCCCCCGACGUUGUGGAUUUCCCAGGCAGCAGGAGCCACACAGCUUCAGGAAACAAGAACCAUCUGCCAGCCUCACAGGGGAAGCAGGGAGAGCAAGCGCCUCACCCCAGCCUGGCUCCCAGCAGGCAAUCGCGUCCCAUCUCUGCGAGCAUGAGGGGAUGGAGACCGUGCUGCAGGCAGAUGGCACAGCCCUGAAACUACUGUGCUGUGUGUGCCAGCCAGCACCCAGCUUUGGCUUCAGGAGCAAUGAUCGAGGUGCUUGGUGCAAGCUCUCCCAGUGAAGAGACUGAGCAGCACUUUCAGACCUAAAGCCUAGAGGCUAUGAAUGCUCCUUAGAAUCCAAGCUAAGUCUCAGCUUUUCUGCAGAGAACAACCUGAUGUCCUGCACAGCCCCUGUUCUCAAGCAGGAAGCUGUAUCAGCAGAAGGAGAGGUAGUUCUGGGGACCUGACUCUGAUGAUUACAGCUGAAUUCAGUGCAAAGCUGGGACAGCACAGAGAAAUCUCCAGAAAGUCACCUGACACAAGCAGAGAUGAGUGCAGCUAAGUCUCUUGAAUUCCUCAUGACAUCUCAUGUCAGGUGUCAAGCAAAAGGGACAUGAAGUGGCUUCCCAAUGCAUUCACUGAUAAGGAGGCUCUCACAUCCUUCAAAUAGGAUCUCACUGGAGGAGCUUCCUCUGCUUUCUUCCUUUCCUUCUAUUGCUUUGCUGUAUACCUUAGGUGGAUGCCAUCCAAGUAAACAAGCCAAGAGACAGGCAUUUGUGCAGCACUGCUACAGAAGGUAACCAUGAUGGAGAUUUUAGAAAUGUUACUUAUUACUGAACAGUUACACUCUACCUGUCAACAGGGAGUCCAUUGAAAGACAUAGGAUAUCAGUUCCACCUCAGCAAACAUCUUUGAGUAGCACUCACUGUGCAUCCUUUCUUCCAAAAGCCUCGUCCACAAGAACUAAGGAAUGAUUAGACCGAAAAUGCAAUUCAGAAAAUCUACUCUGACAAGGCAAACCUUGCUGUCUCACUCUUGCCACUACUCUGAUUCCUCUGUUUGCUUGUACCAGUGUUACAAAAUACAGCCUCUGCAGGGGCUCAAUGAACUUCUCGAGCAGUUUGAAAUGACAGCUCUUGUUUCUUCUCAAGGGUCAAAACACUGACAUUCUCAGCGACCUGCCCAGCCUGGAAGAUGGUAGGAAAAUGAAGCUGGCAAGCUAAUGCUCUGGUAUGAAUCACAGCCUAUCCACAGUGCUUUGUUUUCAUUUACUUGAUGCUUUUUAAAUUAAUGAAGAAGCGGGCUGCAAAUCUAACACAGUGUGCUUGGCUGUUGGCUUGCUGGCUUCAUACUCACAAGCUCAGACAACAUGGCCCCCAGAUGAAGAGAGGGAUGCCAAAGAUGUCACAACAGUUGCAAGUGGUGACCCUGCUUUGGAGAAGCAACAAAUGUCCUCCAUUAGAAGUUCAUGAGCAUGCAUGAAAUAGCUUUGCACAACUCCUCUAACCAGGGACCACUCAACCACAAAGAACCUCUGACGUCCCCACUCCUCCUUCACCAUCACACUGACAAUAUCUCCCAGGCAAUGCUGCCCCUUCGGCCAUCAGUGCUGUGCCAGGAAGGGGGCAGAUGGCAGCAGGCAGUGCCCAGUUCCACCAUCACACAAGCCAGAACAGACAUGAAGACAAAGGAAAUGAGAUGACGCCUUCCCCGCCAAAUCCACUGCCAGUUUUCUGGUCUGCACUUCAGCUGCUCACGCUGCACCCUGCCUGAUGGCUUUAUUUAAUAAAGGCAGCAGCAGUGCAUCACCUGCUGUUGGCUGUACGCUGCUCUGACUCUGCAGUUCUCCCUCAACCUCUCGAGCUGCAAGUUCACUGAAGUACUUUGUUGACAACUUACUUUGUAAGGAAAACAUUGGGGAAUCACAACUCUGCCUAGUGGCUUUAUUAAGCUACCAGAAACAGUAACAACCUGCAUAAACAUCAAUAAUGCACCAGCUGUCCAAGAGUUUCUCUCUGAAUCAAUUCUCCAUGAAGAAAUUGUAUCCUAGCUAUCAGGGGCCAUCAAAAUGAUAACAUUCAACAGAAAGAUCAGCAGGUUCCUUAUCUCAGGAGCUUAUAAACAUCACCAAUCUGUAAUACAGCACUGCAGCUUGUCCCCAAGGAAUGCUCAGUGCAGAAAGUAGCACUUGCCACGAGCCGAUCACCAGCAUUUCUGAUCUUGGUCUGAGUGUGAGAACAGGUUUCCUUAAUUUCUGAUUAUAUUUGCAUGUGCUGGCAAGGGGGAACUUCCAGCAGUGGAUGAAACCAAGUGCACUUGGGCUGCUCACAUCCAUGUCUCCAGCAUGCUGUCAGGUGAUGUAAUGUGCUUGCAGUUUGUGGUGGGAUCUUACUUUCCAUUGUUACUGCCUGAUAACAGGGUGGGAUUACAAAGGAUCAUAGAAUCAUUAAGGCUGGAAAAGACCACUAAGGUCACCAGGUCCAACCACCAACCCAUUCCCACCAUGCCCACCUGACCAUGUCCCUCAGUGCCUCAACUCCAAGGUUCUCAUACACCUCCAUGCUGUUGUUCCACAGUGGCCUGGUCCACUUGGUGACUUGUGGAAGCUUCAAUGCAAUGUACUACUUGCUGGUGAAGAGAAAGCGGCAAUGCUGGAGUGCAGCCUCUCCCAACACCCUCCAGUGUCCCCAUCUCACUGGGGCAGCAGCCUGGCUCCUUGCUGCCUGCGCAAGGGGUUGCUGCAGCAGUGAUGGAAGGGACAAAUGUAGGUAUUUACCCCUAACCACUGAGCCAGCCACUGCUAGAGCAGGGGUUGCUGUCAAUGUGCAGAAACGCCAUCCUCCUUAUCCUACGGACUAGCCAUAGCCAUGCAAAGGGACAGGCUCAACCUCAUAAUCAGUAGCAAAGCCAGGAACUAAACUCAGACAAGUGACUUUCAAUCCAGGGUCUUAACAGGAGACAAAAAGCUCCGUGUGUAGGUUUUGGAUGGGAAAGCCGUUGGUUCCCUGCCGGGUCUUUGUGUUCGGCUGUCAGAGCUGACAGCUCCCCUGCCGAGCUGAGCUUCCAUGUGCAGAGAUGUUUGGAGAGGCAGAGCAAAUCAAGUGGGAAAGCCCAAACUGCUCUCCAAUUAUCCUAAUGAAAUCACAACUGUGUCACAAGCGCGGGGAGGGCGCAGAGAUGCUCCAAAGCACAGACCCAGUGGAAAAACAAGAAGAGAGCAGCUGCCACAGGAAUGGCUGUGACACAACAGCACUGAAAAUCCAAGGGCAGAGCUCAGUGUGCUUGGGGAGGUCACAGACAGCAUUCUGGAAGGACCCACUCUGUGUUUUGGCACAAGUUUGAUGCAGGUUUACAUCAGGACUGUUCUCUGGCCCUAUCACUUCCAUGCGACAACAAACUGUACCACACGUUCAAGAACUGCAUUCUCCCUCCUCUCUCACCCCACCCUUCCCCAUUCCUCCCAGACAACUGCUGACAGGGAAAAGUUAAGAAGCCAGUUUCAAGAAACACUUACAAGCCAUAAUUCAUUAGAAAAACUUGCAGCAGAAUGUGGCUGGUUGUUCAGCUUUCUGCUCACUUCAAAGCCUGAUGCAUAUGAACUUUCAGAGCAAACGGACAAGGAAACAAGGUAGCUGGAGCUGGGAAGUUGCAGGAAUUGUUUUGAUAUUACUUCUCAAUUUAAAAAAAUAAUUAAAUCAUGGAAAAAGAGCCUUUUUAAAAGGCCAGUUCUUGAGCAGGAUAGUAAUAGGAGAGUAUCAUUAUGCUUUGGCCUCCAGGAACAAAGCAAUACGUGAAGCAGACACCUCACCUUGCCAGAGCUAUAGCAGCAGAACAGUCCGGACAGAGAGCGGGUGAGAAGGACAGGAGCCUGCUGAUCAGCAGCAGAAAAGGAGAGGAAGGAAUGGACUGGGAGACAGUGGGAGGCCACACACCCCCAGAUUCACUCACCCUCUGGAUGGCUUACUGGCCCUGCAGAGAAACAGGGUCCUCGGUUCUGGGGAUGGCUCAAGUCCCCCUGGAAGGAGAGGAAACACAAAGGAGUGAGCAACGACAAUGCCCUGGCUGUGCAGAGAAUAUCUUUACAUUGAGCCUAUUCUGGAUUAAGAACAGGGCUCAGCAUCCACACUUUGGUGUGGCCGAUGACCCACCCUUCCCUACCAAUACCCACACGCUGCUUCCCCUGCCACUCACCCAGCGCCCGACUAUUUUCGGCUCAGGGGAUUUCCUGGGCCUGGCACAGCCUGUCUGUUUAGCAACCCUCAAAAGAAAUCUUUUCCAAGGGCUUGUCCAGCCUCCCCUUGAACCCACAGAAGCUUCAAACCCACAUCAUAAUUUGGCAAGGAUCUCACAGGUCUGCUCCCCAAGCAGCAAGAAACAAUCACUCUUGUUAGAGCACAACCUGGCUCCACUGGGCAGUCAGUCCCCACCUUCUCUCACACAAUACCACACGCUGCUAAUCACAUCCUCCAAAGUUCUAUCUUUCCCAGAGAACUGUGGCUUACAGCCUUUUCUCCCCCCAUUUUUUAAGACAGGGCAGAGCAGCACAGCUGCAAUAGUCUCCUCUUUGCUGCAAGUAUGGGAGCAAAGGGAUCACCUCCUGUGGCAUGAGGGAACAAGAGUGAGUUCCCUUCUUGCCUUUUCAUUCCCAAGGGGACAUCAAUAAAAGCUGCCCUUGCAGCUCAUUCAAACACGGAGCCCAAAGGAACAGCUUGAGCGACCCUGAACAGACAAAAUCAGAUAUUUCCAGAGUGUCUCCUUGAUUAGUAAGCCACUUAAUUUAUGUGAUCAAAUAUAAUGAUCAUCCCUCUGCAUUCAUUUAGCCCUUGCAGAGCUUUUGCAGGCACAAGCCCUUGUUUAGCAGCAGAGCUGAGAGAAGAAAGAAGGUACCGCAGCAAAAUCAAAUCUGCUUUAGCAAAUCUAUGGGAAGGAGGCAGGGAAAAUGCAAGUGAGGGUGCAUGCUGGGGGGCCAAGCAGGCAGCUGGGAAGAGAUAAAGGGAAGCAAGCAGGCAGCUGCUGCUGUGCCCCCCUUCUCCUCCCCUUCCCUCUGGGGCACACUAUUAACACGGUGACACAAUGCUGUCCCAGCCGCACUGCUAGCAAGCAUGAAUAUGCAUCAGACAUCAUGCAGCAGAGUCUGGUGCACGCUGCUGAUUUAUAGGACAGCUAAACAAACCCCUUCCACCCAGCACACGGCCACCGUGCUCUGCAGAGAUAACACUGCCCUACAGAUCAGCAAGGUGGGUGCUGAGCAGAGAGCUCAGACAGCUCUGAAUGCAGCCGCCUGACAGCCGAGGUGGAUGGGUCUGCAGGCAGGCAGAGCCCACCAGUGACGAGCAUGCAGUACCAAGCAACUAUCACAUAACAGCAUUUUGACAGAGAGACAAAGAGGUCCAAAGGUUAAGGUGUGAGAUCCAUGUUUGGAUUAGGAGAUCUCCCUGCUGGGAAGGGAGGAUUCUCCCUCUUUUGGCUGCGGAAUGCAGGAUAAAGAGACACAGGGUCUCCAUCCAGCCUCCUCCAACCCCAGCAGGGUUUGGUCCUGCAGCUAUCCCAUCCCCUGAGAACCAGGGACCAAGGAAGUAACUUCAUUCUGCAGCGAGGAAUCCAUAGCAAUGAAGUGAGACACCUUGGGGAGGGCAAUCUGCUGAACAAAAAGAUAGGUAAGUUGCCUGGCAAAAUUAGCACAGAGCAUAACAUGCUCGGCACAAGCAUGAUGUUAUUCACAUUAGCAAAAUGAAGGAGGAAGCAAGAGGGCUAAAGCACUGAUCUUAAUCGGCACUGUCAAAUUUCACACACACAAGGACCAGCAUGCUUGCUUUCUCUGUCUUAUUAAUUAUCAGCAUAGGCAAUCACACCUAAAAAGAGAAAAAAAAAGAACAGAAGGACUUUUGGAUCCCAGCACAUGAAGUUCCUUGGGACAGUAUAAGCAAUGUCAGAGCAUCGAAGGUGUUGCGGGAUUCUUGUGGAUCUCCAAAAUGAUCUUUUUCUCUUUUCCUCUUUGCAGUGGAAACCAAACCCAGCACCGCUGGGAGUUCUCCAAACAAGAAAAAGGAUUCUUAUACCAAAGUUUCAACUUAGAUUUUGUCCUUUAUUUAGCUCUGGUAUCUCUGCCAUCCAGUCAGCAGUAAAAUCAUCAUCUUCUGAAGCCAUGGCAAAAAUCAUCAUCACUCCAGUGAAGCCACUAAAGCCAAGAUAGUCAAUACUGAGUGAGAACCUGACUUGAUUUGUUUUAAUUUUCAACACUUGGAGCACUUAAGCCUCUCAGCACCUGCAUACAGAAGCAAGGUAGACCCUCACAUCUUCUGGGAAAUGAAGGACUAGAAAGACACCUUCAUUCAGCCUGGAGGCACAGUGAAAGCCAGCAGACCUUUCAAGACCAUGAGGGCACUUCUCAGAGUUAACAACAAACAACAGAAAGCUGGGUUUUCUCCCCCAGGAAAGAAAAAGAAAGCAAGAAAAUGAGCUGAUGUGAACUGCUGCUGCUGAAAACAUGACCCGGACUCACCCAAUGAGGCAUGCUUCCUUGCUCCUGUCACGACACGAUCUGUCUUGUGAGACUCACGUUGGGCUCAGAAAUUACUCAUCAGAUAUGGAAAUGAGUCCUCUAAGGAAUCAGUCAGUGAGAACAAUCACAAAGUCUUUGCUUUUGAACAAACGGAAAGAGUUCGGGCUUGGGGAUAUGCUUUGCUCAUUUUAAAGUGAAUGGAGAAGAACCAAACUAUCUACAGCUGGGGGCUCUACUUUAUGGAUCCAUUUCUCUUCCAAUGUUUGUUAGAAGGACACAGCGCUUCUUCCUUGGCAAAUAAGAAUAACUUCAGAGAUUAGGACUGAGCUGUGAUUUUUUAAGGUCUUGCCAGUAUUGGUAGUGAAGACACUAAUCACUAGCAAGGUCAGGGAAGCAAUGAUGUCCUGGUGGAGACUCCCUGCUUCAUCUGGCAGCAGCAGACUUCACCAGUACUACUCCUCAGGGCUCUUGAAGGCAAUCAGAGCAAUCUGUCAUGCAGAGACAUUAUUCACACCUAACUGGAAUUAAACUGCUUCUUAUUCCCUCUUUAAAUCCACCCUUCUUUUCAGAAAGCAGCUCCCUGAGGACCAAGUCUGUCCAAAGAACCUUCAAGGCCACGGUGUGGUACAGGGGGUACAAUUCCUACAUAGCUCUCAUGGUUCCCACACAGGAACUUCAACUGAAACAUUAACAAAAAAA